AUGGCGAAUACUAUGUUAUUGGCUGAUGUCGAAGAACCCGCCACAAUUAUAUGGACCGGAACUCUCCCCGGGUUCCCGGCACUUGUGACCUGGCUUCUGCGCCAUGAGAAAUAUCUCAACUGGAUCACAGUUGAAUCCGGAUCACUGCUCUGGGUAUCGGCAGACCCCGGCUGCGGCAAGUCAGUAUUGGCAAAAUUCCUUGUAACGCACCUACGAGAACAAGUUCCUGGAGACGAGGGACCCAGAUUGUGUGGUUACUUCUUCUUCAAAGACGACAACGAGGAGCAGCGAAGUGCCGUGUUUGCACUGCGAGCUGUGCUCCACCAGAUUUUCAGCCAAGACAGGAAGCUUCUGCAGCAUGCGUUCCACGAUUAUGAAUCCAAAGGCGCUGCGAUGGUGGAUGAUUUCGACAAUUUGUGGGCAAUACUCUUGCAGGUUGCAGUCGACCCUGCGGCAAAGGACCUGAUACUGAUCCUGGACGCCCUCGACGAGUGUGAGGCCGAUUCUCAGCGGCGACUGCUUCAAGGCCUGCGGAGGUUGUUUAGCAACGACAACAAUGCCCAACGUUUCUUCAAGAUCGUUGUUCUCAGCCGACCCAACAACGCCAUCGAGGACACUUUCACCGCGGUAGCAACCAUCCGAUUGCGUAGAGAAGACGAGCCUGCAAGCAUCAGCAACGACGUGGAGCUGGUAAUCCGCAACCAGAUUGGAGAUCUUGCUUCCACAGGUCUUCCAGCAGAGGACCUGUCUUGGCUGCAAGAAGCUCUGAUUGAGAAAGCGGACCGGACAUUCUUGUGGACGGCGUUGAUGAUUGGUCUCUUGCUGGACGCAGCCAGAGCUGGCUUCUCAAGGAAAGACCUGGAGAACCUACUGGGCGCCCGGGACAUCGACGGGAUAUACUUCAAACUUCUUUCCCGCGGCGGCACGGAGCACGAAGAGGGAGGAACGCGAAAGCUGCUGCAAGUGAUACUUGCAGCAGCCGUACCCCUAUCUCUCGACCAACUGAAUGUGGCCGUUGCCGCCGAUCCAAAGCACAGUAGCAUCAAGGACCUCAACACAGCCCUGAAGUCUGGGAUGGAGAAGUAUGUCAAGCACCGGUGCGGCAAUUUCAUCCGGAUCAUCCCUGACAACCGCAAGUCUCUGGCGCCACCAAAUUACCAUCAAAAACAGCAAUCAGGUGCUUAUGAAGAGCUGCAUUUCGAGCCUCUUGCUUAUUUCAUUGGAGGCAAAACCUAA